UUGUGGUACAUAAUUGUGUCCCAGGCACAAGUGUAUGCUUGGGAGAGUUCACACAGUGUCUUACACCUACCGGAUCCAAUUCAGUCAUUCAUUCGCUUACUCAAUCAUCCACCCACCCAGUAAAUGGAGUACAUAGUCACUAAAAUAGACUGUGACCCCUGACUCCUUAUCUUCCUAAUUCUCCCACCCUUGGGGGCCCCAUUUCCUCUGAGCUUCCUAGUUCUCCCCUGUACUACAAGAUCAUAUAAAGGUCACCAUAGCAAAUCACCAUACCUCCCACAAAACCAGCUCCCAGAGCCUGAAUCUGCUUCAGCAAAGAAACAUGAUGGUCCACAAUAGGCCCAUUCAGAAUCUGUGAGCAGAUCUGUGAGAUGAGACAUGCAAAAAUGGAAGCCCAGGUGUAUAAAGAGGCUCCUUGAGACCACCAUGACUGUAUACUCAAGAUCGGCAGUGGGAUAGACUGUCCCAGGGACAGAGGUGGUGUGGGCAUGACCUGAGAUUGUAGAACAUGGUAUGGGCGUGCUUGACCCUGGGAAUGGGGCAGAAAAGGCAGAACUCCUGUAGAAGAGAUGUGCAGCUGAUGGGGCAUUUUGUCUCUCUGCAAAUGCUAUGUCCAAUGACAGUCAAAUCCCAAUUCCCUUGCAGAUUAGUACAGAGGCACCCAGCUUGAGGAAGACAGAUCUGAAAGGUCGGAGUGCGCUGUUGGCCGACAUCCAGCAAGGAAAGCGCCUGCGAAAAGUCACCCAGAUCAAUGACCGCAGUGCCCCACAAAUCGAGAGUUCAAAGGCAACCAGCAAAGAUGGAGGAAGUGCUGGCAGCAGUGGCCGAGGAGGGAACACACCCCCGGCCCUGGGAGAUCUCUUUGCUGGUGGCUUUCCUGUGUUGAGACCAGCGGGCCAGAGGGAUGUGGCAGGUGGCAAGACGGGGCAGGGCCCUGGCUCCCGAGCGCCUUCUCCCCGGCUCCCCACCAAAGCCAUCAGUGGCCCCCUUCCGGCCCCUGCGUCUCCCAGGCUGGGCAAUGCCUCAGAGGCACACAGCUCUGCCAGGCCGGUCCCUCCUCGCCCCAAUGUGCCUGCUCCACCGCCUCCCACUCCACCCCCACCCCCACCUCCACCUCCACCCUUGCCCCCGGCCUCCCCAAACAAAGCCCCGUUGGUGUCCCACCCUGUCCCUCCAACCAAGGGGAAUCCCUCUGUGGCGCCACCCCCUGUACCCUGCACCCCUCCCCCUCUACCCCUGAUCCCACCCGCGCCCCCGCUUCCCUCAGCUGCAGUGCUUGGUGACAAAGCAGUGAGGCCCCAACUAGCCCCACUGCACCUGCCGCCCAUCCCGCCCCCGCUCCCUCUCCUCCCACCCUGUGGGUACCCAGGGCUCCACCCAGAGCCCAGCAGCCCCGCACAGGAGGUGCGGGAGCCUCCAGCCCCUCCUCCUCCUCCACCACCACCACCACCACCAGUGCCGCCACCGCUCCCCACCUACGCCUCUUGCUCCCCCAGGGCCGCCGCGCCCGCGCCCCCUUUGCCAGGCUCGAACAACAGCGGCGGCGGCUGCGAGACUCCUCCCCCGCUGCCCCCCAAGUCUCCAAGCUUCCAGACACAAAAGGCCUUGCCCACUCCUCCGGGUGCUCCCGGCUCCCAGGCCAUCCUACAGAAGAAGCGGCGAGGCCCAGGAACCAGUGGAGGGAAGCUGAACCCACCUCCAGCUCCACCUGCAAGAUCGCCCACCACCGAGCUUUCCAGCAAGAGCCAGCAGCCUGGAGGCCAGCUGCGGAAUGGAAGCCAGCACGUGAUUGAUGACUUCGAGUCUAAAUUCACGUUCCACUCCAUGGAAGACUUUCCCCCUCCAGAUGAAUUCAAACCAUGUCAGAAGAUAUACCCCAGCAAGGUCCCCAGAAGCCGCACACCUGGUUCCUGGCUCCAAGCUGAGGCGGCUGGGCAGAGCUCCGAUGACAUCAAAAACAGAAAUUCUCAGUUAUCCCUCAAGGCACUCCGGUGAGAAGAUGGAUGAAGCCAAGGUCCUGGGGUUCUUGAAAGAUGGACACCAGGAUAACUCGUCAAGACUCUACCAUACUCAAGCUCUAUUCAUUUGAUAGGCAGGCUCUGAAUGGAGCGUUAUUUAUUGUAAAUAAUGAUUUGCACGAACUUUAAAGCACCAUUUUAGUCAACUUUUAUUUGAGUAAUAUUUUAAUAUUUUUAAAUAUGCAUCUUGGCAUUUGUCUGUCUUGUACAGAUGGAGCCCUAUCCCACCCUGUAGUGUCCACUGUGACUGUAAAAUAUGCUUGCAGGCUGGUCCUUCCUAGAUUCUGAAACAUUUUUCAGAGCAUCCUUAGUUUUCAAGCAGUCCCAAAGUCAUAAAUAUCCACAACGGCUUCUUAUUGGCACGACUCUCAUCAUACCAACUGCAAAAUCAAACCAGACAAUGCCUUAUAAACACUGCAGCUCAGAGGAAGCGGUGUGUCCCCAGGUCCCGCAGUGCCACACAGCCUCCAGGGAGCGAGAUGCCACGUCUCGCUUCUUUCUAUCAGUACAGGGAUGUCAUUUUGCUGCCUAAUGUAAAUAUAUCCCAAUGCAAAGAUUAGAGAGGGCGUGGCCCCUCACAUGCCUUCCGCAGGGGCCCCUUUUGUACCUGGAUUCUUUUACAAGUAGCCAAUGCUUUCACUGUUUACAGCAGCCCUAGUGCCCAGGCUCCGUCGCUUUCCCUCUGCCCCUCCCAGGUUCCAGCUCCUUCCUGGUAGCCAGGGUUAAAGUCAGCUUUAUGAGAUUUUGAUAUCUUGUCACCCCUGCAGAUGACAAAUGUACAUAGCUCAUGACUAUGAUAAGCUUAUUUUUACCUCAGAGGUCUCCCUGCCCCCAACCCCACCUUGAGUGUAGGAUUUACAUGAGAAAUACAACAUACAUUUAAAAAAGAACAAAAUGAGGCUGGGGCAAUAGCUCCGUUGGUAUCUGAGUUCAAUUGCCAGUGCCCACAUAAAGCUGGAUGUGGAGGGACACACUUGUUAUCCUAUUGCUGAGGAAGCAGGAGCAACCAGAUCCCUGGGACUCACUGGCCAGCCAGGCUAAUCAGGGAGCCCCAGGUCCCAGACAGCGACAUUAUCUCAAAUACAAGGUAGGCAACUCCUGAGGCCACAAUACCCAAAGUUGACCUCUGGCCUCUCCAGGCUCACACAUACAUGUGCAUGCACACUCCACACAGGAACAUAUGUACCCACAUACAAACACAUACAAAAGAACCAAGCAGUCCAUUGGUAGGGAUCCCCGAACACCUGUCAGCCCCAGGGCGUGUGAAAAGCACGCAUGUCUGACGGCUCUCUUGCUCUGUGGUGUGUACCUGGGGCGGCAGGCAGAUAUAUGCAGCAAGUUCAGCUGCCCUGAGUAGACAGAAGGCCCAGCCAGGCUGAGGCUGCCCUUUACACCCUUCUUGGAGCCUCAAGGAGGGAAGCAUGCUUUCUCUUUUGUCAGGCCCCGGAUGCUCCCAUCAGCUGGAAUGGGGAGGCUGUAGCAGAGAAGGGGAGAAAGAAAGAACAGGAUCCCUGCACUGUGCUCAGAAUAGCUGCUAAGGGGGAGAGGGGCAGCAAGCAACCGUGUGCUUUGGAGCACUCCACUCUGACACUCACACCAACAAGAGCAUUAGCCCCGGCCAGGUCAUCCAGAGAUGAUGGACAGGGAGAGCGUUCAACCAUGUGUCUGCAGACACUUGACUGCUUUUUGGAGCGAACAUCCUACGAUGGUGUUGUGCUUUCCAAUUCCAGAUAGUAGAAACUGAACCAGGGUCAAGUUCCCCUCUCUGGGACAUGACUCAAGCCAUCGUAACAACUACAUGAAGGGCCAUGAAGCUUCCAUGUUGCUGAUUUGUGGUGUUGGUUCUGAAGGCUGGCAGAAAGGUCAGGCUCCACUCCCCUCUACUCCCAGCCAUGCGAAGUAAUAAUCAUCAGAUGCUUUAAUAAUUGCAAGGAGGGCCAUCAGCAAGGCAGACCUGCCUGUGCAGUAGACUGCUCGUCCAGUGAGUUAUUCAUGUCAUCAUGUUCUACAGUAAUGGGACAGAAAUGAAAACUAUUCAAGAGUGGUUAGGGAGAUAUCUCAGUCAGUAGACUGCCUGCUGCCCAAGCUGAGGACCUGUGUUCAUAUCCCCAAGACCCACACAAAAGCCAGGCAUGGGGGUGAAUGUCUGUAGCCCAGGUCAUGUGAGUUAAGUAGAGACAGCUGAUCCCAAGAAGGUCAGUGGCCAGCCAACCUCUCCAAAUUAGCGAGCUGCGGGUUUAGCAAGAAACUCUAAUAAGGUAGAGAGAACGAAAAAGGCACCUGUUGUUGGCCUCUGGCCUCCAUUGGCAUGUGCACAGAUGUGCCUUCAUUUACAUGCAUGCACACAUGCACACACACACACACACACACACGUACAUACAACCAAUAAAUAAUUUUUAAAGCUAUUUAAAGACAGAGGGGAAGAACAAGCAGAAACCAAAAAUAGCAAGCAGGAAGCAUUCUCAGGGAUCUGGCCUAGCAGCUCUCCUCCAGACCUGUCACUGAAGAAGCUACAACCCUCCAAGUUCUAGUGGGUAUGUCCGGUUCCCACCAGCAGUGUACAGGUUGGGCCCUUGACCGUGAACUCACAUGUGGAGGCGUCGCUGCCGUCCUUGCCUCUCCUCACAUUGCAGACUGUGACUCCCCAGUGUCCCACCUAUAUUUUGUAUUUCUCGGCGUCUCCUACUGCAGACUCAUUCCUUUGUCCAAUAAACUUUAAUAAGUGGCAGUG